AGGUAGACCGUAGACCUCCUCCAACCCUGCAGCAAUAAACAAGGAAAGGAGAGCCUUCCCUUGUUCGAGUUCCUCCCGUAUCCUUCCCUUCUUCAGCCCGCCUCCUUCAGUAACAUCCUGCGUUACUGCGCAGGCGCCACCCUACAAGCUACACGUGCGCGCACGCGCUCCCAUUUCCAAGGCAACGCUCCCUCCUCUCGCAAGAAGAGAUCACCGUCGGACCCUUUCUCCCCGGCCCCCUCCCUUCCCGCGCUCUAUUCCACCUUGCUCCCGCGGUCCAAUUUUCACGUUGUGAUUGGCCCCACGCCCCGGGGCUGGGCUUCCGCGAGCUCACGUGACUGUGCGCAGGCGCGCUGAGAACUAGUGCCGAGACACGGCUGCGGGAAGUUGAGCACGAUGCAUAGAGAACAGAGUCCCUCUGCUUCCCUCAUUGACAGAACCAUCAAGAUGAGAAAAGAGACCGAAGCUAGGAAAGUGGUUUUAGCUUGGGGACUCUUAAAUGUUUCUAUGGCCGGAAUGAUAUAUACAGAAAUGACUGGGAAAUUACUAAGUUCAUACUACAAUAUUACAUAUUGGCCCCUCUGGUAUAUUGAGCUUGCACUUGCAUCUCUCUUCAGCCUGAAUGCCUUAUUUGAUUUCUGGAGGUAUUUCAAAUACACUGUAGCACCUACAAGUCUGGUCAUCAGUCCUGGACAGCAAACACUUUUAGGUUUGAAAACAGCUGUUGUGCAAACCACUCCUCCACGAGAAUUGGUGGCAAACAAUAUCCCUCCUUCCACACCCUCUCCUCCAAUACAGGGUCAAAGUGUGCUGAGUUAUAGCCCAUCUCGCUCUCCCAGUACAAGUCCCAAGUUUACUAUGACAGGAUAUAGCCCUCAGCUUCAAGGUCUGUCAUCAAGCGGCAGUGGUUCUUACAGCCCUGGAGUGACCUACUCGCCUAGCAGUAGUUAUAAUAAGGUGUCUGGUUAUAGCCCUUCCCCCAGUUCUUCUCCAUACCCUACUACCAUUGGUCCAGCAGAGAGCUCUGGCCUGAGAUCUCGGUUCCGUGCCUCACCGACUGUCUAUAACUCUCCAACUGGCAAAGAAGACUAUAUGACAGAUCUCAGAACCCUGGACAAUUUUCUUCGAGGGGAAGAAGAGAAGCAACAUAGGGUCCAGCUGGGGAGUACAGAUUCUACCUCACCUUCUAGCAGUCCUACUUUCUGGAACUAUAGUCGUUCCAUGGGUGAUUACGCACAGACGCUAAAGAAAUUUCAAUACCAGCUGGCUUGCAGGUCUCAGGCCCCAAGUGCUAACAAGGAUGAAACAGACCUUGGUUCUAAACAGGCUGCAGAAGAGGUGUGGGCAAGAGUGACUAUGAAUCGACAACUUCUUGAUCAUAUGGAUUCAUGGACUGCCAAGUUUAGAAAUUGGAUCAACGAGACAAUAUUAGUGCCACUUGUUCAGGAAAUUGAUUCUGUCAGUACACAAAUGAGAAGAAUGGGCUGCCCAGAGCUACAGAUAGGAGAAGCCAGUAUUACUAGCUUGAAACAAGCUGCCCUGGUCAAAGCCCCUCUCAUUCCAACCUUGAAUACUAUAGUGCAAUAUCUAGACCUUACACCAAACCAGGAAUACUUAUUUGAAAGGAUCAAAGAACUCUCCCAAGGUGGUUGUAUGAGCUCAUUCCGAUGGAAUAGAGGCGGGGAUUUCAAAGCACGAAAAUGGGAUACAGACCUGCCCACUGAUUCUGCUAUUAUUAUGCAUGUAUUUUGCACUUACCUUGACUCUAGACUACCUCCACAUCCUAAGUAUCCUGAUGGAAAAACUUUUACUUCUCAGCACUUUGUUCAAACACCAAAUAAACCAGAUAUUACAAAUGAAAAUGUUUUUUGCAUCUACCAGAGCAAUAUUAAUCCUCCCCAUUAUGAGCUAAUUUAUCAGCGUCAUGUCUACAGUCUUCCAAAGGAUAGGAAUAACAUGUUCCAUACAUUAUUGAUGUUCUUAUACAUCAUAAAGACCAAAGAGUCAGGAAUGCUUGGGAGGGUUAAUCUCGGCCUCUCAGGAGUGAAUAUUUUGUGGAUUUUUGGGAAAUAGUUCGCUCAAUCACUUCUUUUGAUCUUUAUUUUGACUGGAGAGUUAAUCUUCACCUUUCAGGAGUGAAUAUUUUGUGGGUUUUUGAGAAUAGCUCAUUUAAGCUCUUGAUUUUGAGCUCUUUUGACUGGAUCAAAUAAAAAUGUCAACCUUUUUGAAGAUUCUAAGACUCUAUUUCUCCAUUCUGGAGCAGAAUAUAUAACACUCUGGACAAAAUGAAAGCUGGGGUAGUGAGGAGCUGCUGUUUUUAAUUUUGACAUCUUCUGUAACAAAAAAAUGAUUAACUUUUGGUUUGCAUAUAUUUCAGGUUUUUGUAACUGUCUGCCAUAAAUAUUGCUCUCUGAAGUUCCUUUGAAAAAAAAAAUGUUACCCUUUUAAUAAACUAGGGUUUUUUGGAGAGCUUCAGAAAUGAAACCAGUCCAUAGGAUUACAAAACUUCAUACCUAAGAUAGUUUCACAGUAUGUUUUCAAUUUCUUGAGUAUUUUGGCAUAGGUUAAUAUCUUAAAAGACAGUGAAUUAUGAACUUGGUAAUUUGUCACCAAAUUUCCUGUCUUAUCGAUCACUCAAAAUAUAAAAGUUUAACUUUCCGUUAAAAUUAAUUUAUCAGAGACAACAAUGCUGUUUAAAAAAAAAAAAAAAAGAUUUUGUGAUAUUAGCUCCAAAGAAUCUGAAUAUAAGUUAAACUUGAAAUUUUGACAAUUUCAUUCAGCUCUUUGGUUAAGCUUCUCAGGGAUAUUAAGGAUACAUGAGUUAAAAAGAAAAAUUUAUAACAUUGAUUUUAAUAACGCAAAUAUACCAUCACAGUAUUAUUUGAACAUUUCUGUUUUUUAAGAUUAAAAGUCAGCCCGCCUAUUUAAAACUCCAGGAAAAGGUUUAAUGCCAAGAGGAAGUAGAUUUUGUAUAUUUGUGUGUUGUCUUCUUUCAAAGAAGGAAAGGAGUAGAUUGUAGAUAAUUGGAUGUGAAUAUGGUAAAUGACAUUAGAAAAGAAACAAAAUUGCUGGGAUCUAGCAUAGAUUUAUUUUAAAAUGUCAUACCAAACUAGUUUCAUUUCCUUGUUUUGACAAGAUUACUACAUCUGGGUAUUGUUGCAACUGUAUCUGAAUUUCCAAAAUGUAAGGCAUUUAACUUUUUAGAUAAGAUGGAAAAAUAUGGAUACCAGUCUAGUUAAAUGGAUUCAUAGCUGGUUAAAACUAUAUGCAAAGAAUGAUCAAAUUAUCAAUUGUUCUCCUGCAGAACUCUAGCAACAUACCAAAUGACUCUGUCUUUAGCUCUGUUUUUAUUAGUAAAUUCAUUAAAGACACAAAGAGGUGUGUUUACAAGAUAGAGCUGAUAGGCUAGCUAAUUCAUAGGUAGCAGAAUCUUAAUUUCACUUGAUAAAAUGAUGGGCUAGAUUAAGCUCAAUAUGAAUUAUUGGUAAUUAUGACAGCUUAAAAAGCUAAUGUGAUUUUAAGGUGUAUUUUCACUUUUAUGUAGUGCUCUAAAGUUUACAAAGCACUUUUCUUACAGAAGCUCUGUGAGAGAUAUAUUAAUGCAACUGUGUUACCCCAAUUUUAUAAAAAAGGUAGAAAGGGUAGCGAACAUGUUCAUACAAUGCUUAUAAGGGACAGAGCCUAGAUUGGCCCCAUAACUACAAGUCCAGUCUCCUUCCACUAUAUUUAUUUCCUCUCUAAUAGCCUUUAAAGUCCCAAAAAAUCCAUUGAUCCACUUUGACUCAGCAUCAAGAUUAAUGUGAUGUAUUUGUUUUAGCUUAAGAACAUUAGCUGUCAUGUCUUGGAAGAAAAUGUGAACUGAAGUUGUUAUGAACAUAUUAAAAUUUUCAGAAUUCAGUAGGUGGUGAUUGAAAAUAUUGUUUAAUAGUUGGUGAGAAAGUGAAUAUUAUUUGUUUUAAGAUGUGUAAAAUCAGAAUAUCCUUUCUUUUCCUUUAUGUCUUCUACCCAAGAUUUUCAAAAAAUUAAACCCAUGAUAGAUUUUAUUUAUAUUGACAUGUAAAGAACUGGCUAGAUGACAUACUUAGAAAACAACAAAAAAUGUUUUCUAUGGGUAUCAAGACUAUAAUAUAAUAUGUAUUAUUGAACCAUAAUUUGACUUUGACUUAAACAUAUGUGUUUUUAUUUCAGUUCCAUUAUAAGGUUACCCAAGUUUUGUGCACUACCUAAAUAACUGAGGAAUUUGUUAACUUUUUAUUAUUACUACUGCCACUAAGAACACUGGGAAACAGUUGAACUUUUAAAGGAAUUUCAGUGUAGUAAUGGUGGCUUGAGAACUUUGUUUUAAGUGAAAGAAUUUGUAUUACAUUUGUCAUCUUUCAAUUUCUAAAAAAAAAAAAUGUAAGUGUAUUUGAUGUGUUAACAUUUGUAUGUUAUCUCUUUUCUUUAAAUUUCUAAAAAUUAAAAAUAGUAUCUUAGAUAUAUCACUUGAAUUUUGGUUAUGGAAUCAGUCUACUUUUCUAUUUAGAAAUUAUGUUCAUUUUGUUACUCUUUUUCCCCUCCCCCCAACUUAAUAUUACAUAAAUCACAUUUUUUUCUAUGACAGUUAUAUCCUGGGAUUGAAAAUUUUAAUUUCAUUUGACUGUAAAUUUUGUGUUGCUUGAUUGAUAUUAAACUCCAAUGGUAGAAACCUCA